CGGAAAGAAAGGAUUGUAAACAGAUUUCCUUCAAUUUCUUUUAAAAUGUAUAAAAUUACCUAAAUAGUUCAUUUAUCAGAUAUUUUAAAAGAGUGUAACAUACUAGAAACCCACAAUGACAUCGGUAAAAGUAGCUGUGAGGGUUCGUCCCUUUAACAAUAGAGAAAUAAAUAGAGAUUGUAAAUGUAUUAUCAAUAUGACAGGAAAUACUACAAGUAUAUCAAACCCAAAAACUCCUGGAAAUACCAAAGAUUCAAUCAAAAGUUUUAAUUAUGAUUAUUCUUACCUUUCCCUGGAUCCCACUGAUCCUGCUUUUGCUUCUCAAGAAACUGUGUAUAAAGAUAUUGGAGAAGAAAUGCUGCUUCACGCUUUUGAAGGAUACAAUGUAUGUAUAUUUGCAUACGGGCAAACUGGAGCUGGGAAAAGUUAUACUAUGAUGGGUAAACAAGAAGAAGGCCAAGAGGGUAUUAUUCCUCACAUUUGUAAAGACCUCUUCCGCAAAAUUAAAGAUGCUCAAAAUGAUGAUACAUUAUACUCUAUUGAGGUUAGUUACAUGGAAAUUUAUUGUGAAAGGGUUCGUGAUCUGUUGAACCCUAAAAAUAAGAAUAAUCUUCGAGUGAGAGAACAUCCAUUGUUGGGCCCUUACGUGGAAGACUUGUCAAAGCUUGCUGUUACAUCCUAUCAAGAUAUUCAUGAUUUAAUGGAUGAAGGGAACAAAGCAAGAACUGUGGCAGCUACAAAUAUGAAUGAAACCAGCAGUCGUUCUCAUGCCGUAUUUACUAUUAUUUUUACUCAAAGAAAGCAUGAUCAAAGAACAGGUCUUACUGCUGAAAAAGUUAGUAAAAUUAGUCUAGUGGAUCUGGCAGGCAGUGAAAGAGCAGAUUCCACUGGUGCCCAGGGAACCAGACUCAAAGAGGGAGCUAACAUCAACAAGUCCUUAACUACCCUGGGGAAAGUUAUAUCAGCUUUAGCCGAAAUCGCAACAAAGAAAAAGAAAAAAGCAGAUUUUAUUCCAUAUAGAGAUUCAGCGUUAACUUGGUUGCUUAGAGAAAACCUUGGUGGAAAUUCCAAAACUGCUAUGAUUGCAGCUAUUAGUCCUGCUGAUAUUAAUUAUGAUGAAACAUUAAGUACUUUAAGAUAUGCUGAUCGAGCUAAACAGAUUGUUUGCAAAGCUGUUGUCAAUGAAGAUGCUAAUGCCAAAAUUAUCCGUGAACUUAAAGAUGAAAUUGAAAGACUCAAAGCAAUGCUCCGAGCUGGUGGUAUUGAUGCUGAUGCUGUCGAUGGAAUGAAUAACUAUUGCAAAGUCAAUGAAAACAACAAAAAUGCAAUCAACAAGAAGAAACGUAGUGUGUCAUCAAGUGGAGAAGAUGUUAUAGAACAGUUACAAGAAUCUGAGAAACUUAUAGCAGAAUUGAAUGAAACUUGGGAGGAAAAGCUCAAAAAAACAGAAGCUAUUCGACUGCAAAGAGAGGCUGUUUUUGCCGAAAUGGGAGUAGCACUAAGAGAGGAUGGGGACACUGUUGGGGUGUUCUCCCCCAAAAAGGUAAAGACCCCUCAUUUAGUGAACCUGAAUGAAGACCCUCUAAUGUCUGAAUGUUUAAUUUAUUAUAUUAAAGAUGGAAUUACAAGGGUUGGUCGACCAGAUGCAAAUGUACCACAAGACAUUAAAUUGACAGGAUCUCAUAUAUUAAAUGAGCAUUGUCUUUUUGAGAAUUUUGAAGGAACUGUGACCAUAAAACCUUGCCCAAAUGCAAUGUGCUAUGUGAAUGGCAGAGAAGUAACAGAUGCUGCUGUGCUUCAGACUGGUUCUAGGGUCAUUUUAGGGAAAUAUCAUGUUUUCAGAUUUCAAAAUCCAGAACAAGCACGAGAAUGUAGAAAGUCAUUUAUUGAAACCACUCCUACUAGUAUUUUACCUAAGGAUUCUAUUUUGAAUCAUCCAGGUGGUGAUCCUGUUGAUUGGACAUUUGCACAACUAGAACUUUUAGAAAAACAGGGUAUUGAUCUAAAGAUUGAAAUGGAAAAAAAAUUAGUAGCAUUAGAAGAACAGUACAAAAAAGAAAAAGAAGAAGCUGAUCAAAUCUUUCAGCAAGAAAAAAAAAAUUAUGAAGCGAAAAUUGAAAGUCUUCAGAGGCAAGUGGAGGAACAGUCAAUGAUGUCUAGCAUGUACAGCUCUUGUUGCAUAAAUGAACUAGAACUUACAACUGAUGAGGAUAUCGAUUAUAUUGAACCAACAUGGACAGAGCAUCAGUACCAAUUGGCUGAAUGGGCUUUCCUGAAAUGGAAAUAUCACCAGUUUACGUCACUGAGAGAUGAUCUAUGGGGAAAUGCUAUAUUUUUAAAGGAAGCUAAUGCUAUUAGUGUGGAAUUAAAAAAGAAGGUACAGUUCCAAUUUGUCCUUCUUACUGAUACACUCUAUUCCCCGUUGUUACCUGAUAUGUUGAAUCAUGAUGACAUUGAAGAGGGCAUGGGACGACCUUAUCCUCGCACAAUUGUAGCUGUAGAAGUCCAGGAUACUAAAAAUGGAGCUACUCAUUAUUGGACUCUUAGUAAACUGAGACAUCGGCUGGAACUAAUGCGCAGCACUUAUAAUGAAGAUACUUCCCCUGAAUCCCCAGAGAGUCGUGAUGAUUUUCUGCAAUGCAUCUCAGCGUGUGCUAAGCAGCGCCUUUCAGCCGGCCUCGCCAUUAACAGCUUAAUCCCUUCGAGGAACAGGCAACGCCUUGAGCUAAUGCGUGAAAUGUACCACAAUGAAGCUGAGCUAUCUCCUACAUCUCCGGAAUAUAAUGUGGAAAGUAUAACAGGUGGUGACCCUUUCUAUGAUCGUUUCCCAUGGUUUCGACUUAUAGGAAGGGCCUUCGUGUAUCUAAGUAAUUUGUUAUAUCCAGUUCCUUUGAUACAAAAAGUUGCGAUAGUAAAUGAAAAGGGGGAUGUAAAAGGAUACAUAAGAGUUGCUGUUCAAGCUGUUCUAGAAGAUGAAGAAACGUCAGAUGUCAAUCAACGAGGUGUAAGGCAAUCAGCUCGCAUUAGUUUCAGUGAUGAUUUAUUUCAAAAGCAGAAAAAAAAUGCUAAGAAAGAGAAGGAAAACAUUGGAUCUGAUAAAGACUUCAACUCUUCACAAGAGAGGAUAGUAGAAGGCCAAGGACCAUCACCAGAAAAUUCUGGUUUUGAAAUAGACAUGUACUGUGAUGAAAAUGACAAUAAGCAUUCUGAUGAAAAGUGUAAUUUGUCAGAAAAUGAGGGUAAAGAAUGCGAUCAUCCUGAUCAUCUGCAUCUGGGGAAAGAAUUCACUUUCAGAGUUACUGUGCUGCAAGCGAUUAAUAUUUCUAAAGAAUAUGCUGAUAUCUUCUGUCAGUUUAACUUUCUACAUCGGCAUGAUGAAGCAUUUUCUACAGAACCUCUAAAAAAUACUGGAAAAAGUCAUUCCCCUGGCUUCUUUCAUGUUCAAAAUAUUACAGUAACAGUUACAAAAUCAUUCCUAGAGUACAUAAAAGCACAGCCUAUUGUUUUUGAAGUAUUUGGUCACUAUCAGCAACAUCCGCUACAUAGGGACUCCAAGGAUUUUGUUGCCCAACAGAAUGUUCGUCAGCCACCCAGGAGAAUGUUUCCCCAGUCAAUACCCAUCUCACAGCCUAUUCGUUCCCCGAAAUUUGGAGUCUUACAGUCUCUAAGUACAACCCAUGUGCACGCAAGGCAUGACCUUCUUGUAUGGUUCGAAAUCUGCGAACUUGAACCAAAUGGAGAAUAUGUGCCAUCUGUUGUGGAUCAUAAUGAUGAUAGUCCGUGUCGUGGAACCUUUUUACUCCAUCAAGGAAUCCAAAGACGCAUUCGUAUCACUUUGGUACACGAGCCUGUGAUUGACUUUCAGUGGAAAGAAGUGCGAGAAUUGGUCGUCGGUCGUAUUAGAACUACUCCUGAAUGUGAUGAAGAUGAUCUUGAUACAUCUGUGUUAUCUUUGGGAAUAUUUCCAGGCGAUUUUUAUGAAAAACCAGGAGAUGAUAGGACAUUUUAUCGCUUUGAAGCUGCUUGGGACAGUUCAUUGCAUAAUUCAGCAUUAAUGAAUAGGUCAACUCCUGGCGGUGAACGCAUAUACAUGACUCUUUCAGCAUAUCUUGAGCUUGAAAAUUGUGCUCAACCAGCUAUCAUAACGAAAGAUUUGUGUCUUAUUAUUUGUGGAAGAGAUGCAAGAACUGCGCCUAGAAUCUCACCAAAUGCAAGAUCUCUCAGGCAUUUAUUCUCCGGUUCCUAUAAGAACUCUGAAGGCAAUCAUGUGAGUGGAGUUUAUGAAGUCAUCAUGAAGCGCGCAGCUGAUUCGGGAAGUCCUGGGGUGCAGCGAAGACAACGACGUGUACUAGAUACUUCUUCCACCUAUGUACGAGGCGAAGAAAAUUUGCAUGGAUGGCGACCUCGUGGUGAUUCUUUGAUUUUUGAUCAUCAAUGGGAGCUGGAAAAGAUGACCAGAUUAGAAGAUGUUGAAAGGGUUCGACAUUUGCUUCUAUUGAGAGAAAAGCUUGGUAUCGACCAUGCAUUGGGCCACACGACAGACUUCAGCAAGAUGGAAAAAGAUGCCUGCAAUUUAGUUGCCAAGGCAACAAGUGAAGGCAGCAUCCCUACAGCACCUCUUGUCCUUUCUCCCACAUCACCCACUACAGCCAAUAGACUUAUAAUAGACGAAUCUGUGUACGAUCCAUGGGAAAUGACGGAGAAGGAAAGGGAGCUCACGACGAAAUGUGUUGCUCUGAUUAACAGUCACAUUCCAUCAAAGCCACCUCCCACACCAUAUACAAAGGAUGAGCUUACUCCAACAGAGGAAGUUGAUGUGAUAUCUAGAUCUUCAAGUGUUCAUUCUAACAUAACCUCUUCGUCUUCUCAAGACUCUUUCCUCAAAACUAUUCCUAUGGACAAGUACAAUGGUGUGAACGAAGAAGAGCGUAGUAAUUUGGUUUCUACUUCCAUCACCUCCAGAUCAUCCUCAACAGUGCCACCCUCUCAUCGUAACUCUGGUCGUUUCCUCUAUGUUGCUGAAGUGGAAGAGAUAAGAGUUAGUCCAGUGGUAUCGAGAAAAGGGUACCUCAAUUGCCUUGAUGACAAGACCAAAGGAUGGGUGAAGCAUUGGGUCGUCGUACGGCGUCCCUACGUUUUCAUUUAUAAAAAUGAGAAAGACCUAGUUGAGCGUGGCAUGAUAAAUUUAGCAACUGCCCAAGUAGAAUAUAGUGAAGACCAAGAAGCUAUGCUAAAAGUUCCAAAUACUUUCUCUGUCGUGACCAAACAUAGGGGUUUCCUUCUGCAGACUUUAGGUGAUAAAGAAGUUUAUGAAUGGCUCUAUGCUAUAAAUCCUCUUCUUGCAGGGCAAAUAAGGUCAAAAUUAUCCAGGAAGCGGCCUAUUCCCCCCAGCGUCAUAAAUUGAAUUUCUUUCAAAGCAUAAUGGUUGAGAAGCUUUAGAUUGUAUUCCUGCAUAUGUUCAAAGCAUUAGCUAAUUCUCAUACGGUGCUUUAUGUGUAGUGUAUAGCUAAUCAGAACUAUUAUGCAACCAUUUCUAUAUUUAUUGUGACCAAAAAAGAAAAAUAUUGGUUCCUUGACCUUAUCCUUUAAAAUUGUAUACUAGUUUUUAAAGAAAAACUGGCAUAAGGUAUUGUAUGAGCUAUUUGUUUCACAUGGUAUCGUAGUUGCCAACUAAUAAAUAUUUAACCUUUUACUGAAUGUACCAAGUCUAAGUUUUUAGAUUAUGCCUGUUAAAAAAGAAAUAUAUUUUGCAAUUUUUAAUGAUUCUAUUUUUGUUUAUAAGGUGAUCAUGUGGCUUCCAUUUUGAAUAAUUUAUCAUUUACAUGAAGAGAGGAAUAAAAAUAAUAAAUUUUUAAACUUGAUUUAUUGGCAACAUUCUGGUGGCUUGUUGCAUGAAAUUAAGUUUUGUACUAGCAAAAACCCGCCACAUAUGUGUAAAUGCAUCGUAUUUAUCAUUUGACAACUACUCUUGUAGCAAAUGUAAAUCUCCUUCAGAAAUAUUUUGACAUUGGACAAUGUUUGUCUGUGAGUAUGUUUUUAAUAAGAAAAAUCAUAUAAAAUUUAUUGCUGUUAUUUUGUGCGCGAAUAAAAUUUUUAAGCUUUAGAGUCCUCACCCUCUGUAACAAAUAAAAAAGAAAAUGUUCUUCAGCUGCUAAACUUGCUCCGCUUUCGACCAAUAUGUUUUGGACAUUCAACCAAUAUGUUUGAACGUUUACCGAUUGAAUUGAGGUAGCUGCGGAAAUGGAUGCUGAGAAUUUCUUUGACUGUGUAAUAAGCAUUGUUUUCCCCACAUUAAUAUGUUUUGUGAAUUUAAAUAUGUUGUACCUAUUAAAAUAUAUUUAUAUGAUGUUUAUAUCUGAAUAUAUAUACAUACAUGUGAUAUAUGUAUAUAUUGUUUUGUUUUGGUCAACUGUUACUUGUUUCAUGUAUAUUUCGUGCUCUGCUGUCAGGCAUACGUGCCUGAGUAUGUGUAUAGGAGCAAUAGUCUUUUGAGAUAAUUUAUUGUUUUUGUGUUGUUCAAAUGUUAUUUAUUAUGUAUAUAAUAUAACUUAACUUAUUUAUAAAUUUUAAUUCAAUUUUUAUCAGCAUUGCAAUUUGUAAUAUUUUAAUCAGGUUUUGUCUAAGCGCAAGUUUUAUGCUCGCAUAAUUCUUGACAUUCCUACAAUGAACAGGGUACUUGUCACAGGUGAGCGCGACUCAUCUCUCUUAGUGACACAGCAAUCCCAUGUGGUACACUUAAUUUUGCUGAAUCUCCUGAUUGUGUUAAAUUUGAUUUGGAUUGUCGAUAAAUAUUUUCGAAAGUUUACUUUCCUUUUUUUUAAAUUUUAAAUUGUUUCAUGUGGUGAAAUAAAUUAUUUUAGCACUUUGCCAUAACAAUUGUAUUUAAAAAUGAAAUGUCUAACUGAACUGAAAGGGUAAAUAACCAGUACUUUGUAUUUUAACUAUGUUAAGUACAUUGUUUUACUUAUUACAGUUAUUAUUUAAUUUAGUUUUAAAAAAAUUAAUUUGAGAAACAAAACAUUACACUUUCUAACAAUAAUACUGAUCAAAAAUGCUAAAAUGUUCAAAAAAUUUAUUGAAUAAUGUUAUCAGUUACAUCAUAUAUAUUGCUUUGAAUACAACCACAGUAUUAAUUCUCAGUAUCUUAUUAUCUGUUGAUUGAAGAACCUCUCACUCUCUUUCAAAGCAAAAUCUAUAAUGUAAGUUUUUGUAUAACAUAAUUUGAUUAUGCGUAAAAAUCUAUCAAAAAAUAAUAGUUCUAUCUUCAACCCUAAUGAUUAGUGUUAGAUUUGAUUAAAAUAAUACUGAUUUUGGUGUUAUAUUUUUCCUCAAUACUGCGGCUAUUAGGCAUCAUGUGAUUAAGGAGUUUAGUUAGACAUUUCAAAAUAAUCAUGUAAAAGAAUUAUAUAUUUAUCAAGAUACAAUAUGUUCUUUCAAGUGUCAAUGACAAGUGCAAUAUAUUAAAGAUUCUAUGAAUUAAAAAUGAGCACUUGAAAGAAUUCUUCAUUUACUACUGGAAUUUCGAUGAGAAAAUGGUUACAUCAAUCAAAAGAAUAUUUCAUCGGAAAUCGCAAGCACAUUGCUUUGUUUGCAGUAUUUGUACAUAUACUUCAAAUUGAAUGCUUAAUUAUAGCAUGUUUAUAAGCUGAAGAAAUCCAUCACUUAAGUGUAUGAGUGUAACUUUCUACAUGUAAAAAGUUAACUUGGAAGACUUGUGAUAAACACAGUGAAUGUGAAAGCAAUCUUCCUAAAUUUGCAUCAUAGUAAAAAAAAAAGAAA